AUACAAUUUAACACCAGCGUAAUACCAUCAAUGGUUUGCUUUAAUGUGUUUGUGUGUUUCGAGUAGCGAUGGACCGAACACCAGAAGCUAGGGAAUAAAACUUAGGAAAUAAGGAUGCCAUCAAGUCAAUAAGAAAUAUCAUCAUAAGCAAGCUCAAGAAUGUCACUAUAGUACUGGUUUGAAUUUCUACCUAAAUAUAUAUUCAAACCAUAAACAUAGAGUUGAAGCUAGGUGCUGAAACAAAUGAUACAUAUAUAUUCAAACCAUGCCUACAAAACUGAAAACGCCGUCCCCCUCCAUAGAGCAUAUAUACCACCCGCCAGGGUUCAUGCUCCCAGUGAACCGAAUAUCACUGCCAAAGAUGUCACACAGCUACUUCACCACCUCGGAGAUUUCCUUGGAAGACAUGAGCUCUCUAAGAAAUGUGUCCCUUGACCAACCUACACAGAGGCUGCUGGCCAGACAGCUGGAGACGGAUCGCCACCUUGCUUGGAAGCAGCCAGCUUUCCGGUACAAAACAAAAUUAGGACAUUUUCCCAAGGAAGCACCAUCAUAUCUCUACAUCAAAAGAACUGACCCACUGACCAAAGAGGUUAAGAUUAUACCGGAAAUGGUUUACCCUGUGUUGGCCAACAGUGGGAAACCACCAGUACAACUAAUGGACAGGCCAAGACUUUCCAGCAUUAAAAUGUCCAGCAUUCUCGCUCAAGAGAACACAGCCACCUAUAAGGACAUAAUGUCCAUACCCGCAGGGCUGCUCUAUCGACAAUUCAAAGGUGCUGGAGAGAAGCACAUACUACCUGCCAAGCCUGCGUCAAAACAGCUCCCCAAAACUAUAUUUCAAGAUCCCUUUGAAUACAAGUUUAACACGCCCGAAGGAAUGCAGCAGAAGACAGAAACCUACUGGGACCCUGACGUCAUCGCAGGGGGUCUCAACCAGAAGGACAUUUUCAUCCACAACGAGCCAGAUGUCAUCCCAGUCUCUUGCAUGGCCAAGAACUUCCACCUGCCUCUGACCAAGAGGGUGGAGCACAUCGUUACAGGGCAGCACAGGAGUGCGCAGAAGAAGCUCAGGGUUUCGGAGGGCGCUAUGCAGAGCAAGGACUUCACCAUUCCACCCCAGGUCGUGCCGCUCAUGACCCUGUACGAGAACGAGUCCGAGCCGCAGUUGUCGCAUGCUUCGGUACAUAACAUGGAGAGCUACAUCAAGACGCUACACCAGUGACAGUUCUUUUAGAGAUCAUUACAUCAGAACUUACUGCAGUAGGGACUAAUCCUGUUUUAUGCAAAAAAAUUAUCACCAUGUUAAAGGUGAAGGAAAGAUCAUAGAUAUACAUCAGUCGCUUAAAUUUAUUAUGUACGAUCGGAUUCGGAAAGUAGGAAACAGAAAUGCUUUAAAUCUUAAUAAUACCACACACACACAAUUUUGUUUCUUUUAUUGUCUUAAAAUUUAGUGAUCGAUAUUUAUGGAAGACUUACCAUAGCGCAAUUUCAUUACAGUCAAGCCAUGUUAAAUUUAAGUUACGGUUUGCGGGAUUUCCAGGACACCUGAGAAAUGUUCGGAAUUCACUCCCCAUUGAUCACUGACAGCAUGCUUCACUACAUUCAAGAAGAACAUUAAGACCUGUCUGUUCAAAGCUAUUUUAGAUUAGUUUGUCGUGUUCAUGUUUGUAAUGUUAUCACAGCGCCUUAAGCCUACAUCAGCGCUCUAUAAAUUAAAAUAUUAUUAUGACCACACAUUCUU